AUGCAUAUUACUGAUGGUCAUUGCCCUUCGAAUGCGGUAAUCAACGAAUCAUAUUACGUGCUUCGCAAUCCAGGAAGCUAUCCAACCAAAGUGGACAAAAGAUUAGAUGAAUGGGUGGUUCCCGAGCGUAUUGACUUUUCACGGAAAUUUCCUUCUCGAACGCGGUCACCGGAUAAUAUCCCGACUACGAAUGAGGAGUCGUCUCGUCGUUUUACUAGGAAUCAGAAGCGUCGAUACGUAGAGAACUCUGCCCAAGAUUCGACCAUUGAAGCAUUCGACGGUCCUCUCAUCUUCGUUGGUGUUCUACCUCAGCGUAUCAAUGCGUUGACCACGAUCGCUGAUCAGAUUCUGAUGACAGAGAAUUUGAACGAUUCUCUGGAUUCCACCACACAGAAAUUGGAGUUGGAGCAUCAGGAGUUCACUCGGGUCAAAUUCAUCGAUCAUAUUCAGUUUGGAAAACAUGAGAUUGAUACUUGGUACUUCUCGCCCUAUCCGGAAGAGUAUCGACGUCUAAACAAACUAUGGAUUUGUGAAUAUUGUUUGAAAUACAUGAAGUCCGCUCAAGUCUGGAUGAAACACGUGUCCGAAUCAUGCAAACAACAUCGACCACCGGGACGUCAAAUCUAUCGAAAGGGCGGAUUGAUUGUGUUCGAAUUGGAUGGCAAUGAGCAGAAAGUAAUUUUUCCGCGUUAA